CUCCGGUCAAAACUUCUUCGUUAUAUAUCUCCACGAGAGAGGCACCCAGUCCUUCGGGACAUCCGUUAAAAUUGGAACGAUGCAGAGAAGAUUGGCAUGGCCCCUGCGCAAGGAUGACACGCAUAAAUCGAGAGAGGCAUCCACAACGUUCCAUAUGGACAAGUGAAGUUCGGUCGGCAGACCGUCAUCGCCGGGGGCUUUCCCGGCGGACAUCGAUUUGAGGGCAGUGAGUGCUUCCGCUUCCGAUAUGGGGCGGUCAAGAUCAAGUUUACCAACAGUGGAGAGGCGAGCCUCUGUGUUGUUCCAGCGGGAGGAGGUUUUGUGCAGGUCGGAGCAGGUAAUUGAAUUGGCUGGGCUUAAAAGAACUAGCCUUUAAAAAAAAAAAAAAGAAAAAAAAAAAGAAGCGGAGCCCGAGCUCCAGGAGAGAGCAGGGACGUCGGGAAGCAUGGCGACUUCGAUGGACGGUAAUGUUUCUGGAGAAGGUGGUGAUCGUCCUUCCGUGGAGUUGGUGGACGAGUCGGCGAAAGCCAAUGAAACAUCAACGCCGGGGCUCAUGUCCUCUGGCGAUGAGAAAAGUGAGGAGAGAAAGGCAACGUCCGUGAACGAGGGGGAAGAAGGAUCGACGUCCCCUCUUUUGUCAGAGGAGGAGGAUGAAAAGGGUGUGAAUGAACUCGAGAGGGAGCAGGCUGAGGAUGGCGGCUAUGCUGGCGAUGUGGACGGAACGCUGUCGAGAUCGCGCCACCUGGCAGACGUGAAUGGGACCACCGUUGAGGAAGACGACGGAGAGGAUGCGCGGAAUGACUUGAAUUCGAGCGGUGAUGAAUCGGGAGGAAGUUCUGAGUGGUCAUCUGGGGCUGAGUGGGAGGAUGAGAAUGGGGAUUUCAACGACGACAGCGGGGAUGAGUUGGGGUUGAAGAGCAGCAGCAAGGGCAAGAAAGCGAAGAAGAAGAAGAAGGUGAUGAUCGUUUCGACUCGCUGCUUGUGGGUUCAGCUUAGCAGGUGCAGAAUAGGAGACAAGAAAGUGAAACGGUUAUCGGAUGCCCUGAGGGGUAAUACCACAGUGACAUCGAUUGAUCUGUCCGAUAACAAGAUCACGGAUGAUGGAAUCAAGGUGCUAGCAGGCGUUCUGGCUGGGGGUUCAGCCAGCGACUUGAUCUCCCUUGAUGUGCGUGGAAACCAUUUGUCCAGUGCGGGGCUUGCUGCUCUUAGAAGUCUCCAGGGGCUACGGAAGCUUGUGAAGGUGGAAUAUGGGGAGAGCAUGUCGCGGAAAUAUGAAGAUGGUCCAGAAAAUGGGAAUGGGGACCUAUCCACUGGAGGAGGCAAGGAAAAUAGAGCCAAUGGUUGGGUGGAUGAUGCUCACGAAAGGCUGCUUGCAUCCAGUGCUGAAGACUGGACUGAGGAAACAGUCAGAGAAGGCUUACCGCGAGCAGUGCCAUCAUUGAACGAGUGGGCAGCAGUUGAGCAGGUGGAGAGUGCAAUGAAGGCUGUGGCGGAGUCAGCGGAGUGCUUGAAUGUAGGCCAUCUGACGGCCCAGAUAACAAAUGUGUUGCACAUGAUCGAUCAAGAAUUGAGGGAGGCACCAACAAGGAGCAUCCUUCUGGACAAAUUGCCCAGGGGUUUGGCUCUGACAACGGCAAACAUUGAAAAGUUUGUGUCCGUACUGGAUAUGUCCCCACCUCCCAGGCUGAUGCAGAAUAAGGAGGUCAUGCCUACAGCAGGACGGCAUCGAAUUGUAGUGAUUGAAUUGCUCAGUCGUUUAGUAAUGUACUGUUCGCAAGAGAUUGAUCAGAAGAUUGUUCUCACAGGAGCAGUAAGGAAGGUUGUAGAUCUUAUGUUCAGCCAUCCUCUCUGCAGCAUUCUUCACGGACAAGCAUCUCAUUUCUUGGAGGGAGUACUCACUCGACCAAACUCGUCUCUUUGCUCACAUGUACUUGAGGGAGCUGAAGGCCUUCCAACACAACUUGCCAAGGCAGGGCGAGAGUGCGCGGCCAUGCGGAUUGGAAAGCGCCCAGGAUAUUGUGGGCACGUUGUCGUACUUUGUAGAACCCUCGAGAAUGUGGCUGACAUCAACAGUAAUGUCAGGGGCAUAUUAGAGAAGAAUGAAGAUUGGUUGCGGUUCACGGCACCAGGUGGUGCACUUGGGAAGCUUGUCAAGGAGCAGUUUGGAGGCCUCGGCGGGCCGAAACCGCAGUUUCCCAUGAGCUGUCUCUUUGAUGGGGGCAGUGCGCAGGCUGCUGUGGAUCACUUGCGUGCACUAUUUCUCGGAUGAUAUUCGGCUGAGCCACGUCAUUGAUCUUUCUUGCCUGUCAGAGGACUGUGCAGUCUGGCGUAACCCGGCACAGCUACUCACUUUUUGCGAAAAACGCUUCAGCGCGUACCGCAUUUUCUUGUGCUUCUGUUUCCAGGGAAAACUGCAGUGGGUUCUGUUUAUCAAGGGUAGGUUCAUCCUCUUUUCCUGAGGGAAAACCGCAAUGGGUUCCGUUUAUCAAUGGUAGGUUCAUUCUCUCCCUCCUGAGAUGGUUCAAGCGUGUGAAGCUUCUGUAUCUGCUAUUGUAAUUAUAUUUCUGCAAUAAUUGAUGAUCUGGGGAAAAGCAUCUUGUCACAGUGUAAUCGGGAACAGCUUCUGGUUAUCAGUGCAGUGACCGGGGUUGCUCGGGAGAAUAGCAAGGGAAUACAAAAGGGCCUGUUGAAAGUAUCCGCUGAUCUUUCGUUGGUUACCUCUUCCUGCAAAGUUACAAGGGCUUGCUGGUUAACAGCUUCUGGUUAAUGCUGCAGGCUUGGGCUUGCUGGUUAACAGCUUCUGGUUAAUGCUGCAGGCUUGGGCUUGCUGGUUAACAGCUUCUGGUUAAUGCUGCAGGCUCAGGCUUGCUGGUUAACAGCUUCUGGUUAAUGCUGCAGGCUUGGGCAUGGGCUCUGAUGUUCUCGUUGGUUUGCUGUCCAUCACAUUUCGUUGGCACAGUUUCCAACACUAGUGUUCUAGCAUGUCCUCUUCGACAGGAUCCAUCUCAUUGACCGACUGUAUACGAUUUUGGAAUGGACCGGCUGAACUAGGUUAUGGGAGCCACAAGAGGCAUUCAUGAGCUGUGUGUUGACCAGAUUCCUGGCAUCAUGGUAAUUGCCAACUAUACUGCUCAGUUAAGGGCCGAUUGUAGCUUGUUCAUUAGGCAACACGAACGCGUAGAUAGCCUAGCAGCAUCUGGAUCUCUGUCGUCAUAGCCUAGCAGCUUCGGGAUCUCUGUCUUCCUCCAGUCGCGUGCUUGGAUACGGCAUCUUUCUUUGUGUCCUCGUAUGCGCCUUGAGAAAAGGGUUACAGCAUAGUAAAGGACUAAGGUGUCAUUCCUGGCCUAAUGCCAUGUGUUCCCCACGAAGAAGUGACUGACGAAUCUAAUUGCAGCAGCAAGAAUGAUGCUAGUCUGAUUGGUUUCAACUUUUAAAACUUGAAAAGGAAAUGACAAGGGUUUGUUAAUAAAGUUUUGCAAUACUC